CUUUUCCUUUGGUUUCUUACAGAAGUCAACGUCGGAGGUGGCAUGACAGAUUAAGCACACCUCUCUCUCUCCUCAGAAGCAGAAACAUCAGCAGCUGCAACCAAACAAGAAGCCAGCAGUCCUUGUUCUCACCAUAAUCUCACUGUUGUCUUCCCUUUACGUAUCUAUCUAUGAUUUAAGCUUCGGUCCAGUGUCCUCUAAUACCUCGCUUCCAAGUACUCCUUCCUUUGCUCAUAUUCCACCUUUCUGCUCUCACAUUCCCCUUUCUCUUUGCCUCCAUUCUUCUUCCUCCCUGUCCCCAACUCCAUAGCCAGCGCAAAGGAGCAUGCCUCAAUGUCCACACCAAGGGAGAGGAUGGAAGAGGUCGGCAAGAAGAUCAAAAGAGAAGCUGACGGCAUCACCGAUCGGAUCGGCAGGCAAGUAGGCCCCGUCGGAACCCUAAACACCAUCACCCCAUGCGCCGCAUGCAAGCUCCUGCGGCGGCGGUGCGCUCAGGACUGCCCCUUCUCUCCUUACUUCUCACCUCACGAGCCUCAGAAGUUUGCCCUGGUGCAUAAAGUCUUCGGUGCAAGCAACGUCUCCAAGAUGCUAAUGGAGGUUCCCGAGCCCCAGAGAGCUGAUGCGGCCAACAGCCUUGUGUACGAGGCGAACCUAAGGCUCAGAGAUCCCGUGUACGGGUGCAUGGGGGCGAUCUCGGCGUUGCAGCAGCAAGUCCAGGCCUUGGAGGCGGAGCUGCAAGCGGUGAGGGCUGAGAUCUUGAAACACAAGUACGGGCAAGCAGGUGGUAACAUCAUCCCCACCUCUCACGCUGCUUUGCUUCCUCCGUCGGCGGCGGUGUCUGUGGCUGCACCACCACCUGUGCCAUUGCCAUCGCUGUCUCCGGUGACCGACGCCGCCUCCUCUUCCAACUACACUUCCCUUCCUUCCAGCUCCACCAACUACAGCUCCAUUACCACGAACCACAAUGUCGCAUACUUCGGCUGAGAUUGCUUGGCACAUGCAUUGGAGAGAGGUAACAUCGUAUUGUUGUCGAAGGGUGAUCCUAAGUGAGGGGCUUCAAUUAUCCCUUUUGUAUUAUGUUAAUUUCUGCUGCCAAUCCAUUCUUGACUAGGUUACUGCAUAACUGAUGCAGCUCCAUUAUGAACACUAAGCUUUACUGUUCUUCUCA